AUGCUAUUAGUCGACGCCAAAGCAAAAAAGCAGUCUAAGUACGCCGGUCGCGUGAUUCUAGGCUCCGCAACAUUGUCGCGACAGGUUGGCACUGCCAGUGCUGACGCGUCCACUUCAACUUUUCAAGCUCACGCACAUCUUCACCUGAUCUUUACAUUAAAGUGUUUGACCCACAAGAAUAUUUCUUUUGAACCACAGGUCUCUGUCUCCUUAGGCAAGUACACUGCGAGAACAACUCAGAAACACGAAGCUAUGACCAAUAUAAAAGCCGAGCAACGAGAAGCAAGACAUGUCACUCGUAAUCGAUGGCAAAGACCUAGACGAAUGAAGCCACCACCAAUCUUGGAAAGCCUAUUGGAGGUGAAGCUCGAGCCUAUCUUUCGUCUUUAG